AUGGCUUGCUUGGAGUUGAAGGGAAUGAAGGAGACCCGGGUGAUAUCGGCUACAGAGGAGCCUCCGGAAGAACUGGCCGACCUGGCAGGAUGGGUCAACUUGGACACCUUGGACUGAGGGGGAACAAUGGAAGCCCUGGAUCCAAGGGGGAUUUUGGACCGAAAGGCAAACGUGGACCCCCUGGACCAGCAGGGCCGAAGGGUCUUCCAGGCCUGCGAGGAGAGAAGGGGGAUAUCGGCCUCUCGGGGUCCAAGGGUCAACCUGGUGACAAAGGCCUAUCAGGAAACAGUGGAAUUCCUGGACUCAAAGGUAAUCAGGGCUUGAUUGGGCCUAAAGGAAGAAUAGGUCCAAAAGGUCUACAGGGUGUCAUCGGUCCACGUGGGCCGCCUGGAGGAAGAGGGUCACCUGGACCUCCAGGCCUCUUUGGGAAAAAGGGGGUGAAGGGCGUGCAAGGAUUGCCUGGAGUCAAGGGAGAGAGAGGCCAGAGAGGACCACCAGUGAGGAUGACUUUAAUUUAAUUCUUAAAUUUAUUUCUGCAGCAACCAAAGGUUUGAAUAAAAAAUGAACAGCGGAUGUAAUUAUAAUUGUAAAUUAUACAUUGAGGCUUUUGAAACAUUUCUUUCACAGGGUAAACCUGGCGUACCAGGUCCACCAAGAUCUGGAUUGAGAUCUGGACCACAACUCUUGAAGAAAUCCACACCCAUGCCCAGGCCUAGCACCAAG